ACCAUUGGAACCCACUUCGAAUGUUUCGAUGCUCGAAUAUCCUCAUCAUCUCGACAUCAAUAUGCCUGGACAUCAGGAAAAAUAUGGAUUUCAAGAUAUUUAAAACUAGUACUUUUAUACAUGCACGUAUUGGCCCCCUUCCUUCAUAUGCACCUCUUAUUCAGGCGAGUUUUCAGACCCGUUUUGUUUGUCGAGCGCAGAGGCCGCCAGUCCAAGAUCGUAGUCUUCUCUUUCGUGGUCUGAACCUCAUGCUUCAAAUCCAACCGUCGGGCUCUUUCCGCAAACUUGCAGCUUCGAUUGGAGUGGCAUCCACAGGUUAGGUCAUCCGCUAACGCCUUUCUCUCUCAGAUUCAAUCAAUGUGGAAAAUUAGUUUUGGCUAGAACAAGAAGAGGAAGCGUCUUUUUCCUCUCGUACCAUCUGAGAUCAGAAAAGGAAAAGGAAGGGUUGAUACCGCUUAUUCAUUAUCUCAACUUAAACCGUCGAAUUUGAAUAGAACGAGCUUCCUUGUGCUUCAAGUUAAACAGAGGAGGUGAUAAAUGGCUUCCCUGCUCCGCUUCUCUCCUCCUUUUCCCACCGUUCGCAUUCACCCACCACUCUUCUCAACCACAACACCACCACCACUCCGCCACUCAGUAACAAGCCCAAAGGCCUCCAAUGGAGACCGAUACCUCAGCUCUAAUGGAGGCCGAAACCAAAAUCAAAAGAAGAGUGAGAAAUGGGAUUGUCCUGUUCCUUUAGAGCAGCAACCGGUGAGGGAGUACGAGGCUUUGGCCAGCUCUGCCCUCUUCUCGUGGGCGGCUGGCGAUGUCAGGCACUACGGGCGGAGGCUGGCAGCAGUCAGCCUGGGGUUUGCAGUGCUCCUGGGGUGGCCUGUGGCUCGCUUCGGGGCGAUGCUUCACCACAAUAAUCUUGGUUUGAAUUCUUUGGACUCAGAGAGAGAGGUGAUGAGUUCUUUGGUGGGAUCAGCUUGCGUUGGGCUUUUCGCCGCAAACCUUGCGGCUCUCCGAAUGUACCUGGGCUGGGCCUAUGUCGGCAACCGCCUGCUCAGCGCUACAGUGGAGUAUGAGGAAACAGGGUGGUACGAUGGGCAGAUAUGGGUGAAGCCUCCUGAAAUAUUAGCUCGUGACCGCCUUCUGGGUUCAUACUCAGUCAAGCCUAUCUUGAACAGGGUAAAGCUCACAUUGAUGGGAAUCACCGCAUCAUUGGUACUGUGUGUUCUGCUGUACAUAAGUCUUCAGAGCCCCAAAACGACUGCAGAUGUUACAUCUGAAGGUGCUAAGGAUUUUGUUUCUGGAGUUUACAGUGAGAGUUCUGCGAGAUUGUUCGAACCAGAUGCAUUUUGUGGUGUGCCAGACCUAUCAUGACCCAAAUCUGGGUGUGCACAACUAAGUACAGUUUCAUUGUAUAUUAUGGAAUAUGUGUGUAUAGAUGAUGGUGUUACAAGUUCAUCACUCUUAAGAAAAAUGCCCUUCAGAGGGCAUUUCUGUUGUAAAUAUAAGGUUAUAGACUAGCAGUAACUUCCUAACAAAAACACCUUUUUAGGGGGAUUUUUGUGGCCUAAA